AUGAGUGCAGCGGGUAUGGCCAUCGGCAUCGACCUAGGCACCACGUACUCGUGCGUCGGGGUGUUCCGCCAGGGCAAGGUGGAGAUCAUCGCCAACGAGCAGGGCAACCGUACCACGCCCAGCUAUGUGGCCUUCACCGAGCACGAGAGGCUUAUCGGGGAGGCGGCCAAGGGCCAGGCGGCGCUGAACCCAACCAACACCAUCUUUGAUGCCAAGCGACUCAUUGGGCGUCGUUUCGACGAUCCCGCGCUCCAAAAUGACAUAAAGCAGUGGCCCUUCAAGGUAAUCAACGACCAGAACAAGCCCAAAAUUGAGGUGACUUACAAGAACGAGACCAAGACCUUUUUUCCCGAAGAGAUCUCCUCCAUGGUGCUAAACAAGAUGAAGGAGACGGCCGAAUCUUACCUCGGCGGCCCGAUCUCGGCUGCGGUCGUCACGGUGCCGGCCUACUUCAACGACUCGCAGCGACAGGCGACCAAGGACGCCGGGGUGAUCGCAGGUCUCAACGUCCUGCGCAUCAUCAACGAACCAACGGCCGCCGCCAUCGCCUAUGGUCUCGACAAGACGAACGACAAGGAGCGGAACGUGGUCAUCUUCGACCUCGGAGGUGGAACCUUCGACGUGUCCAUCCUGAGCAUCGAGAAGGGACUGUUCGAGGUCAAGUCGACGGCUGGGGACACGCAUCUGGGUGGUGAGGACUUCGACAGCCGCAUGGUCGCAUUCCUUGCACAGGAGUUUCAGCGAAAACACAAAAAGAGCCUGGAGCACGACAAGAAGGCGCUACGCCGCCUCAGGACAUCUUGCGAGAAGGCCAAGAGAACGCUGUCAUCCUGUUCGCAGGCGAGCAUUGAGAUCGACUCCCUCUUCGAAGGCAUCGACUUCUACACAACUAUGACCCGUGCACGAUUCGAAGAGCUCAACUCCGACCUGUUCCGGUCGACCAUAGAACCUCUGGAACGCUGCUUAUCCGACGCCAAGAUCGGCAAGCAGGACGUAAACGAGAUCGUCAUGGUCGGCGGGUCGACCAGGAUCCCCAAGAUUCAAAAACUGAUCCAGGACUUCUUCAACGGCAAAGAGCUCAACAAGUCCAUCAACCCUGACGAAGCCGUAGCUUACGGAGCCGCGGUACAAGCCGCCAUCUUGACGGACGGCAAGGCGGUUGAAGUCCAGGACCUUCUGCUCCUCGAUGUCACGCCCCUGUCCCUCGGCAUUGAGACUGCGGGGGGAGUGAUGACAGUGCUGAUCAUGCGGAACACCACCAUUCCCACAAACAAGACUCGCAUCUUCACAACGUAUACCGACAACCAGCAGAGUGUCCUCAUUCAGGUCUUCGAGGGUGAGCGUGCGCUGACCAAAGACAACAACCUGCUUGGUAAGUUCGCGCUCAAGGGAAUCCCGUCGGCACCGAGGGGUGUCCCUCAGAUAGAGGUGACGUUCGACAUCGACGCCAACGGUAUUCUGAACGUCUCGGCCGUCGAGAAGAGCGUGGGAAAGUCCAAGAAGAUCACCAUCACAAACGACAAGGGCCGGCUUACCAAGAGCCAGAUCGAAAAGAUGAUUCAUGACAGCGAAAACUACAAAGAGCAGGAUGAUUUGGAGCGAAAUCGCAUUUCUGCUCGAAACGGUUUGGAAGCGUACCUCUUUUAUGUUCGACAGAAGGUGAAGGAAGACAGUGCAACUAAGAAGGCCUUGACGGAGGAGGAGGCAGAGAUUGUCACAAAAAAGGCUGAUGAGAUUGAGUCUUGGCUUGAGGCGAACGCGAAAGCUACCGCGGACGAAUUCGAAGUCAGGUUGAAAAUGCUGAAAGAGACCUGGGAGCCAAUAUUCGACCGUAAAGUUGCAUCCACUCAAGGGCCCGGUGAUAUUACAGAAUAA